AUGAGUGUUGAUGAACAAGUUGCUAUCUUUCUUCACAUGCUUGCCCAUAAUAUUAAGAAUCGGGUCAUUAUUUGCAAUUUUUAUCGUUCGGGUGAAACAAUUAGUAGACUUUUUACUCGAGUUUGUAACGCGGUGAUAAGAUUGCAUUCACAUUUACUUAAGAAACCAGAACCUGUUCUUGAAGAUUCAACUGAUCAAAGAUGGAAGUGGUUUAAGAAUUGUCUAGGGGCUUUAAAUGGAACCCACAUAACUUGUAGGGUACCGCUCGAAGAGAAACCUAGAUAUAGAACAAGAAAGAAUGAUAUUGCUAUAAACGUCUUAGGGGUUUGCUCCCAAGAUAUACAAUUUAUUUAUGUAUUACCGGGAUGGGAGGGAUCAGCGGCUGAUGGUAGAGUGCUUCGAGAUGCCCUUGUUAGACCACAUGGAUUAAAAGUUCCAAGACCGGGUUAUUACUUGGUAGAUGCCAGUUAUACAAAUGGAGAAGGUUUUCUUGCCCCUUAUAGAGGUCAAAGGUAUCAUUUAAAUGAUUGGGGACACCAACCAACUACGCCAAAAGAAUUAUACAAUAUGAGACACUCUUCUGCAAGAAAUGUUAUAGAGAGAUGUUUUGGUAUUUUGAAGGGAAGAUGGGCUAUUUUAAGAGACAAUUCAUUUUAUCUGAUUGAUUUAAAGAAUAUAAUCAUAAUGGCAUGUUGUCUUCUCCACAACUUUAUAAGGCAAGAAAUGGCUAUAGAUCCAUUUGAAAACGAAGAACCAGAUCAGGGGACGGGAGACAAUGGAGAUGACGAUGACGAAAAUAUCACUUCUAUUGGGACAUCUAAUGAGUGGACAACAUUUAGAGAUAAUUUAGCUCAAACUAUGUUUGAAUCCUGGAAUUCUACACACUGA